UCCUUCCUUCUUCUUCUUUUUUUUUUUUUUUUUUAAGUAAACAUAGCUGAGCCCUGGCUCUCUGUGGUUACUAAGCCGUUACAGGAAGGACACAGUCAGUUUCUCUGACUGAGGAAAUCGAAAGCUGUGAGCAUUGAUAGGAGGAGCCUUGUUGUGCUCCAUUUCCUCUGUCCCAGGCUGGGAGUGCAGUGUGAGACACCCAGUGUUGCUCAAGUUAUUCAGUGACUCUCCAGGACUUUUUCUCUCCUGGUGACCUUUGUAAACAUCUUAUUUCCUUAACAUUUUAAGAAAUCUUAUUUCUCAAGCAAAACAACAGCCGCCUGCUGAAGCUCUCAAGAGGUAGACUAUUGCUGAAGACACUUCCAAGGAGGCUCACCCAAAACUUGAGAAAUGGUGAACGAAUACAAGAAAAUUGUUCUCCUGAAAGGACUAGAGGUCAUCAGUGAUUAUCACUUUAGCAUGGUUAAGUCCUUACUGGCCAAAGAAUUAAAACUGACUAGGAAAAUGCAAGAUGAGUACAACAGAAUUAAGAUUGCUGACUUGUUGGAAGACAAGUUUCAAAAUGAUGCCGGGCUGAACAAGCUGAUAUCGGUGCUCAAAGACAUACCGAUGCUUGAAGAACUUGCUGGAGAACUCAAAAAAGAGAAGAUGAAAGUAAAACCAAAAACCCCAGUGAAAAAGAAGCAAGAGGUAGAUCCUGUCGCAUGUACAUCGAUCACCAGCGACACAAUGAAGACUCCUGAAUCUCAGAAAAGAAAAAAAGCAAGCUUAGAAAAGACUGAAACCAAAAAGAAUAAGAUUUCUGGAAGCAAAACAAUUAAGAAGCCUGAGGAUCAGACUCAUCCUUCCUGUUCUGCACUAGCCAGCGUGACUGCAAGCAUGGACCAUUUUCUGCCUCCCCAGAUGCCAGCAUCAACUCCAUUCAGAGCUCCCCCAACAGAGCAUCAGAAAAAGGCCCAAUGUCAUUUGGCUUCCAGAAGAAGUGUCCUCCACAAAGGCCCAAUGAUCGUGAUGGUGCUGAAAGCCACAGACCCAUUUGAAUACGAGUCUGCCGAAGAGGGGAAAAGUUCCAUGUUCCACGCCACAGUGGCUACUGAGAAUCAGUUUUUCCAAGUGAAGGUUUUCAACACCAACCUGAAAGAGAAAUUUACAAAAAAUAAGGUCAUUACUAUCUCUAAUUACCUUGAGUGCAAAGGAAUCCUGGAGGUAAAUGACGUAUCAGUUGUGUCUGAAGCUGGUCUUGACCAAAAGUUCGAGGUCCCCAGCAGUGUUAUCAAGAGAGCAAAUGAAACUCCCAAGAUCGAUCAUCUUCAUAAACAAGCACCAGGAACAUUAGUGUAUGGGUUGUUCAUGCUGCAUACGAAAAAAGUGAACAAGAAGAACACAAUCUAUGAAAUACAAGAUAAUACAGGAAAGAUAGAGGUGCUGGGGAGUGGGAAAUGGCACAAUAUCCAGUGUGAUGAAGGGAAUAAACUUCGACUCUUCUGCUUUCAACUGAGAACAAUCAACAAGAAGCUGACACUGGUGUGUGGAGACCACAGUUUCAUUAAGGUCAUCAAGAGCGCAAAGAACAAGAAGAGAGAAAGCAAUGCUAAUUUAAGCCUGGAAUUUGAAGUACAGAACUUCCCUAUAAAUCAAUUCAGUGUCUUCAAUGGUGAUACGAUUAAAGUUGAGACUUUCAUGCAACCCAAGAUCCAGAAGUCUGGACCGUUGGUGAAUAAGCAAGGAAAAAUUUCUUCAAGUUUUCAGGAGGAGCAGCAUGCUCCUCAGAUGCUUCCAACAGUGCCACCCAGCAGUGUCCACGCUCCUCAGAAGCCUCUGACAGCACCACCCAGCAGUGUCCACACUCCUCAGAAUCCCCCAACAGCACCAUCCUGCAGUGUCCACGCUCCUCAGAUGCUUCCAACAGCACCACCCAGCAGUGUCCACACUCCUCAGAAUCCCCCAACAGCACCAUCCAGCAGGGUCCACGCUCCUCAGAUGCUUCCAACAGUACCACCCAGCAGUGUCCAUGCUCCUCAGAUGCUUCCAACAGUGCCACCCAGCAGUGUCCACGCUCCUCAGAAGCCUCCGACAGCCCCAUCUGGCAGAACCAACGCCUUUCACUUACUUCUAACAUUACCCAGCGGAGUCCAGACCUCAACUAUGUCUCCCCCCAAUCCAUCAGGCAGAAUCCAGAUUCCUCAUUUUUCUCCAACGUCCUCCAGAGGAAUCCAGGGUCCUCACACAUCUCCAACAUCAUGCAGCAAAAUCCAGACUCCUCAGAUGCCUCCGGCAGCACCAGAUGGCAGAAACCCCACCCCACACUUACCUCGGACAUCACCCGGUGAGUUCCAGACCCCUCACAUGUGUCCCGAAGAUCCAUCAGGCAGAAUCCAGACUCCUCAUUUGUCUCCAACGUCCUCCAGAGGAAUCCAGGGUCCUCACUCAUCUCCAGCAUCCUCCAGUAGAAUCCAGACUCCUCAGAUCCAUCCCACAGAACCAUCCACCAUAAUCCAGAAUCCACAAGUGUGGCCAGCAACACCAUCUGCCAGUCUGCAGACUCCUCAGAAGACUGUGACAUCUUUCAGCAGUGGCUUACCCACGAAUCCAAGAUUAAAAACUGUACCUAAAGAAGCCUCUGAAGAAUGUGGUCACCAGAAGGGCCCCAAAGAAGUAGUGGUGUUGAAAGUAACAGAACCAUUUACUUACGAGUUCAAAGAAGGCGGGAAGAAGAUGUUUCAUGCUACAGUGGCCACCGAGAGCGAAUUCUUCCGAGUGAAAGUUUUCGACAUCAACUUGAAGGACAAAUUCAUCCCAAAGACAGUUAUUGCCAUAUCCGAUUACAUUGGCCGAAACGGUUUCCUGGAGCUAUACAGUGCUUCCACUGUGUCUCACGUGAGCGCAGACAGAAAGAUGGAGAUCUCAAAGACACUGAUUAAAAAUGCUAAUGCAACUCCUAAAAUUGAGUAUCUUUGCUCAAGAAGCACAACAAAAUACGUGAAUGGGGUGUACACAGUGUAUAAGAAAACUGUGAGGGAAGAUUGCACUUAUUAUGAAAUACAGGAUGAUACAGGGAAGAUGGAAGUGGUGGUGUAUGGACGGCUGACCUAUAUCAACUGUGAAGAAGGAGAUAAACUUAAUCUCUUCUGUUUUGAACUGACCUUGAAUGCAGAUAAGUGGCAGCUGAGAUCUGUAUUCCACAGUUACAUCAAGGUAAUCAAGGCCAGGAGAUUCAGCAGAGGACAACUCAAUUGUAAUUCAAAUAUGAACACUUCACAAGAAUCCUCCUAAAAGCCAGGAUGCCAUGGAUAACAGUGCUCAUGGAGAUGAGAACCAAGUACAGAAAAAAAGAUACAUAUUACAAUAUCAUACAUAUGAAACCCAGCUUUUGUGCUGACGAUAAAGUUUAGUGGUACAGUGGUUUCCUAGCAAACAUGAGGCCCUGGGUUCAAUCCCCAGCACCACACAAAUAAAUGAGUAAUAAAUGAAUAAAAACAAAAAUAGCACUUAAUUUUAGGAAAUAGGAAUUGAAGAAAUUAAUUAAAAGUCUUUCUACUUUCUACUUUUUUGUGGGUUCUAAAUUCUAUAUUUUGCCAUCUAUAACUUCUAUAAUUGUAACUAUGAUUAAUAAUUUUUUUCUCAAUCAAUGCUAGGCCUUAGUCACCAUUGAAUAGGCUAUGACCUCCUCAAAAAGAGAAAAAAAGAAUGUUUGGCAAUGAAAUUCACCCUGGGCUAUAAUUGCAAACCCCUUUAUACUGGGAGGGUUUGCUUUAGCACAGAAGAGGGGAUAUCUUUGAAAAUCUGUUUCCUAGAGAGGCCACAACUGGGGACUAUGUGGAGGUGUCGUCUGUUGAUUAGCAUGAACACACUAGAAUGUUAAAAGAAUUUCUGCCCCUCCCUGAUGUACUCCCUGUAUCUGAAAUACGUAGUUCCAUUAAUCUACCCAAGUACCAAUAGGCCUCCAUGGCUAUCCCCCCACAAUUCCGCCUCCUUACAUUCCCUGUGGGUGAAUCCAUCAGGAAGCUGCCCAGGCACUUCUGCAUUUGGCAAUCACUGAAGAGAACUGAUUUUCUUUAGAGUAGAAUAGCAGGAAGCAGAUGUCUGCAAAGAAAUUUUACUCUUGUAUUUUUAUCGAUCACAUAUUGGUACCAGGUAUUUUGUAAAUUGUUUUGUGUCCUUUAAUCUUCCUAUGAGCCCUAAAAGGUGCAUGGACAGUUUUCUCCAUUUUACUCUGUGUAGUGUGUGGCAGACAAGCAACAGACAGGCACACCCACUCUCCUAAGGACACUUGAUGGGAAAGUAGAGAGCGACAUGAAGAACCCAGGGAGCAGUUCCAGUGUGGGGGAGGUGUGAUGGGGAAGAAUCCGGAGCUGAGUUGGAAAUUUGGAGAGCCUGGGGACAUUUACCAUAAUACGUGUCCAAGACUACGGAUGCCCUAUUUGUGGCUCAAUGCCCAAGGAGUAUUAUUGUAUUGUAUUGUUUUGCCAUAAAAUGCCUCCUUUCUUUUUGUUUAUUUUCUUAUAGUUGACUCAGAUGCUAAUUAAACAUUUUCUUGCCUAUAACCUCACCAAUAAUAUAUAUAUAUUAAUUUAUAUAUAUAUAUAUAUAUAUCACAUACACACAUAUUGUUAUACAUUUAUAUAUAAAUGUAUAACAGUUCUGUCACUGCAGAUGUGCUUACAUGGUAAUGUAUUACAUGGUAUGGGUAUGUAUUUCUCAUCUACUGUUAGAAAACUAAAGUUCAAAGAUAUUUAAUGAAGUGUCAAAAUCACUUACUCUGCUAAUCAGGAACAGAGAUCAUCCUGGGAUGUCACCUGCUAAAACUUCCUCUAAAUUCAAACUUGACUAUGGACACUAAGGAAAAAGAUUACUUCAUACCCAACUGAUAUUGUAUUCUGAGUUGUCCUGAUACUCUGAUACUCUAUGUAAUCUUCCUACAAUUUGCUAUUCUUGAGUCUGUAGAUGGUGGCAAUUAAGAGUAAAGCAUGACUUACAGGGGACUUGCCCAGUGUCCCCGCCCUGUUUUCGGUCAUGUUGAUUCCCCUUUGAACUUGUAAGAACUGGGUCUCCAACAGAGAUAAUCAAAAAAAAAUCACAUUCUA